CGUUCGGGCGCCGGCCAUGAGGCGUCUGCCGCUGCUGCUCCUGCUGCUGCCGUCACUGACCCGGAGCCUCGGGCUCCGCGACACGGGCAGACGACACCCCGAGUGCGGCCUGUGCCGGCUGGAUCGCUGCCCCGAGCCCUCGCCCUGCCCAGCGCCCUGGAUCGCCGCGCGAGACGAGUGCGGCUGCUGUGCGCGCUGCCUGGGCUCCGAGGGCGCGAGCUGUGGGGGACGGGUGGGCGCACGCUGUGGUCCCGGCCUGGUAUGUGCGAGUCGCGCCACGGAGACGGCGCCCGAGGGCACGGGACUCUGCGUGUGCGCGCAGCGCGGCACGGUGUGUGGCUCCGACGGCCGCUCCUACUCCAGCAUCUGCGCGCUACGACUGCGCGCCCGGCACGCACCCCGCGUGCACCCUGGCCACCUGCACAAGGCACGCGAUGGCCCCUGCGAGUUCGCUCCUGUGGUCCUCAUGCCACCUCGAGAUGUUCACAAUGUCACUGGGGCUCAAGUGUUCCUUUCCUGUGAGGUGAAGGCUGUGCCCACCCCCGUCAUCACCUGGAAGAAGGUUGUGGGAUCUCCUGAGGGCACUGAGGAGUUGGAGGAGUUGCCGGGAGACCAUGUCAAUAUAGCUGUCCAGGUGCGUGGGGGCCCUUCUGACCAUGAGACCACAUCCUGGAUUUUGAUCAACCCUCUGAGGAAGGAAGAUGAGGGAGUCUACCACUGUCACGCGACCAACGCUAUUGGCAAGGCCCAGUCCCACGGCACCGUGACAGUCCUCGAUCUGAGCAGAUACAAAAGCCUCCACUCCCCAGUUCCAGCUGACUUCCUGUGAGGAACACGGCUUCUGGAGACACCGGUCACAGCACCAUGGCGACAUCAAGGAGUGGAUCAUUUUGCUCUGUGAAAAUCCGGGGAGUUGCCUGUCGAUGACUGCUUUUUGUAUGUUUUUUAAGAAAGGAACGCACACUAGAUUCUUACGCAGAUGUAGUUUUUAGCAGGGCAGACCCUGGGGAGACACAUGCAUGUAGCAUUUUUAUAUUUUGGGGAUGAAUUGUUCUAGAACAGUUCUUUUUUUUAACUCUUUCUGCCCCAGGAUGGGUCGCACACUGUGUGUUUGUAAUUCUAAAGGGCUCAAAACAACGCAUGUGCUGACUGACUCGUGACUUGGUAUCUGUGACUGUCAUGACGGGAAGGGGGUCCCUUGCCCUGUCCGAGGUGACUGGGGUGGGUGUUUUCCCUCCUCUGGGUUGUGGUUUCCACCUGUGACCACAGCUUUGGCCUGAA